AUCGGCUUAAUCGAUGUGGUAAGGGCAACAACGGCGGCCACCGUACGAAUUACAAUCGUGGUGUUGUUGUUAAUCCGCCGUCGCAAACGAUUUUCUAGUUGUAAAACAAUAUUCUACAAUAAUCGUCGCGGCGUCUGUGCAAUCGACCGGACACGUCUUGUUUCGCGUUCCUCGUACUCAGUCGCUGAUGACCAUUAUCGUGCUCUAGCAACAAUUGUGAUUGUUUCGUUCGGUGUCCGUUGCGAUCGGUUGCUUUCCUUUGUCCGGGACGAUCGGUAAUCCAACAGUGAGACGGGCGCAGCUGCAACAUACUCUCGUUGCUGUAUACUAGUAACUGGACGGCGGCAAUUUUAAAUGUAGGGAGGCCGUGACUGCCAAUGUGUGUAACGUGAACCUUCCAUUGCUGCUAUUGAUUUUGAUGAACUGUACAUAGAUGCUACCACCUUAGUUACUACUACUACUAACUACUACUACUACUGCUGCUGAGAAUAUAAUCACAGUUACAGUGGUAACGCAUGGAAGGUUUGACACUGUAUGGUUUAUUCACGAAGUAUACUUUCAGUAAAAAAACCAAUAUUUUAUGUCAAUCAACACGUAACUAAAUUGAAAUGGAAGGUGUACCACGAUUGUAUAUGAUUGGCUUACCAGCCAAACGUUGUGUUGACAACCAGAAACCUAAUUUUUCAUCUGCCUUAAAUCAUGAAAUACAAACAUCAUAUGACCGAGAUCCUAGUUUUUAUUCUGCUGAUAUUGACACAUUACUUGCACUCAGAAAAUCUGCUAUGAGUGUUGUAAUGUCAUCAGCUUGCAAUGUAGAAGACUGCACAGCAUUAAAACGUUACUAUGCACACCUUGUUCGAUUAACAGAUAAGUUUCCUAAACUGUUACAACAACAAAAUUCAGGGUUACAAGAAUCUUAUGAUGAUGUUGAGACUGGAACGGCUAGAGAAUCAAAACCGUUGAUGUUUAAGUGGAAACGAGCUCUUGGAGGCAAAACAAACCUGCAACAUCAAAUGAAAAACAAUAUGGAUUCCACAUCUGUAGUUGAUACUGGCGAUAUCGGGUAUGAGAUGAGGUGUGUGUUGUACAAUGUCGGUGCGGCUCAUAGCCGGCUUGCUGCAGCGCAGGAUAGGUCACCUCCAUUAGUAUCAUCCAGUAUGCCAACAACAGUUGAUGAUGGGGAAAUUCCAUCAAACAAUGCUCUUAAGAUAGCUUGCACACACUUGCAGUGUGCUGCAUGGGCUUUUCAGCAAUUACUUGGUGGAGAUGGAUCCAAUAAUGAACAAACUAAGUGGAACCAUCGACAGCAACCACAAGUUACAAGUCGAGCAGUUCUUGAAUUUGCAUACAAUGUGACAUUAGCACAAGCCCAAGAGUGCAUACUGGAGAAAAGCAUGAUGGAUGGUCGAAAACCUCUUAUAAUAGCCAAAGUAUCAGCUAUGAUAUGUGAAUAUUUUGCUGGUGCGGUGGAUGCAGUUCAAAGAGUGGAACAAGAACCAUAUUGUGUAAGCACCAGCAGACUUGAGAAGUGGAGAUUAUUCUCCGAAUUCAAAUGCCGAUAUUAUGGUGCGGUAACUGCCCUAUUUCAGGGUCAACAUGUCCAAGAUCAGUUGCAACAAAUGGGGACCCGUGUGUCAUAUUACCGACGGGCAGUAAAUCUGCUCGGCCGAGCUGGUUUGAUAUCAGAAAGUGGUGGUAAGACAGCAGCUUCGAUGUCAAAAGAUGAAGAUUCAGCAGACGAUGACUACUAUUAUUACUUAGAAUCAGAGCAUGGACGUCCAGGCACUGGUCGAUCUGCGGCUGCCAAAGAAUUGGAGAUGCGAAGAGACACUUUGUCGUUUGCAAUGGAUGUAGCUGCAGCAAAAUGGCGAGCAGCUAAGUCAGAAAAUGAGCUCAUCUAUCAUGAACCUGUGGUACCUGUGCUGUCUGAUGACGACGAUAGUGAUUGUUUAGGAAAUACUUCAUCUAAAACUACUCAUGGUCGUCAGUUAGAAAAGGUCAAGGGUGCAUCUCUGGUCAAGCCUAUAGCAUUUAGUGUUGAUGAUCCUGAGUUAUUAGCUGUUGUUCUGGUCACCAAUAAUAAUGAAUCAUCUAGUGUUACUACUACUACAUUAUUCAAAGAUUUAGUGCCUACAGUUACCCGUCACCGAGCUGCAAUGUACCGAACAGAAAAGGGCAACCUUAAAGAAGAUAUGCAAUCAUUAUGCCAAGAAGCAGAUGACCGUUUGAAUGAAUUUUCUGACACAUUACAUCUAGAGUGCUUAGAAAUGUAUAAAACCAAAAAUGGUGAAUUUAGUGAUGGUGGUUAUGAGAAGAAUGAUGUAACAGAACUACCACAACAAUUGGUAAAUUGUUGUGCUGCAUACCAAGCCUUACUGCAACAACGACAAGAAAAAGAUGGAAUAACAUCUAGUGCAGUUGAAGAAGACCAGUUGGACAUUGAUAUGGCUCGACUAUCAGCUGCGGUUCAAGCUGUAGAUGGUAUGCUGGACGAAAUAGACAGAUUUCUUAAGACAGAAGAGCUCGGUGAUUCCGAAUAUCGACGUACAGUUGGUCGCCCAUAUGAUUACUCUGCUGGUAGGAUGCGUGAAUUACGCCGAGAGGCCUCCCGAUAUAGAGAAGCACACGUGGGUCGGGCACGAGACAGUUGGGUAACUCUUAGUCGAGCUGUCCGGGAUCGUCGUCGCCGGGACCUAGAGCUGCUAGCAUUACCACCAGCUGAACUAGCUGCACGCUUACCGCCAGCUCGUCCUGCCAUAUCUGCGAUUGCUUCUGAAGUUGCUGCCUCUGGUUCUGUAGAACCGUCUUAUGAUGCAGCUAUAGAAUCAUCGGACCAAAACGAAGACUCUGAAUCAGAUGAUGGUGGUGAUAGUCGAUUACGAAUGUUACAACGAGAAUCAAUAAAACGUUUAGAUCGGCUGAAUAUGGUAGUUAGUAAAAUGAAGGAAGUACGUGAACAGCGGCAGACACUAUUGACCCUACUUCAAGAUGAAAUGAACCGAGAGGAUAAAGAGGCUGCAGCUGCAGGGCAGGAUGAUGCAGAAUUCCUAGGAGAAUUGGGAGGUUGUAAUGUUGAUGUGAUGAGUGCGGUGAAAAAAAGGUUGAAGGAACGGUAUGGUAAACUGGUGAGCAUGAUUGAACAGAACCUGUCAGCCCAACUUAACAUUUUGGAUGCUGUGAGAUCAGCGUAUGCACGAGCCGCACCUGAACGACGAGCAUUUGCCAAUGCCAUGCAACGACGCCGGACUCUAGUGUCGUCUUUAUUAGACGCAUACGAAAGUUUUGUAAUUUCCAAUGGAGGAACACCAUUAGAAAAUUGUGGUGAAAUUAUGGCGGCAUCACCAACCUGUGGACUGCUCCCAGACGCAGUUCUAGCCGAACGGUGUGCAAAAGGUUUGGAUUUCUACCAACGGUUGUUAACCAAUGUAUCUAAACUAUUACAACGUGUUAAAGGUACGUGUCAAGUGCAAACUGAACAACGGGAUCAGAUGAUAAAACAACAUCAAAAGUGGGAAGCUACAACACAACAGAUGGACGAUGACUCAACCGCCACAGUUGGUGGUCUUGAUGAUUUACUCGCUGCUGUUUCAGGUAUUGAUGACCAAGAUCACCAACAGGAUGACUUAGCUGCCUUGAUUAAAAGCUUCGGCGGUAAUGGUGGGUCUAAUAAGCCAGUUGCACCUCUUGGUAGCAGUCACUGGGAUGAACAGCAUAACCAUCUUCGUAGACUUUCACCUCUUGGAUCUGAACAGCAACAACAGCAAAAACAAUAUUAUCACCAAUACCGUCAUAAUCAAAUUCAACUACCACCGUCAUCUUCAUUUAACCCCAAUGAUGGUGGCAUUCAUUACUACGCUGGUAAUUUUCCUUCUACAAAAGAAACUUCCAAUCGUCAGAACAGUCAGCAACAACCAGUAAUAACAACACAUUAUUCGUUUCCAGCUACCUACAAUGUCGCUAUAGGUUCAACAGCAUUGACGGCAUCAGAAAAUUCUCCUACUUCAUCACUUCCAUCUCCUUUGAUAUCUUCAUCAUCUGUGCCAUAUAACUAUUACAAUUAUCAAUUACUCACAACUAAAUCAGCAGUAAAUCCUGCAUUGCCAUCACCAUCAUCAUAUAACAACAUUAUAACUACUGCAACUACUAGUGGCGAUAUUGAUUUAUCCGUGAUGCCUAUGAUGAAUGCUCUCCAAUUGAGUGAUAAUAAUGGUAGUAGCCAAAACUUAAUUUCUUCUUAUAGUCAAAGUAGUGGCAAUGACGUCUUCCCAAAUGCUGCAGCAGCAGUUGCAGUAUUACAACGACCUCUAUCAUCACAAUAUAGUGGUAUUGGUUAUGGCGCUGCCAGUGGUUAUGGUUAUCACCAUCCUCAUACUUUAUUAGCACCACGACAGCAACAAUUUUAUCCUCCCCAAAAAUAUCAGCAACAAAACUCAACAACGGCCACCAAUGCUGAUGCAACAAGUGUUGGAACAGCAGGAGUAUUUUUACAACAAAAUCAACAGCAAAUCAAUAGUAGUGGCUUAUCUGCUGACAUACAGUCGCCAUUGCCGAUGUCUUCACCUUCCAUUUCGACAGCUACUGUUAAUAGUUGUAGUUUAGCAGCAGUAGCACAAUCAUCUUCCAUUACCACUAAUGGUGGCACAUCAACUGUGGCAAAUUUCUAUCAUCAAUUUCCAUCACAAUUGCAGCAACAGCAAUAUCAACAGCAGCUGCAUCAACAACAACAACAACAGCAUCAGCAGCAACAUCAACAACAACAGCAGCAGGAACAACAACAACAACAACUUAAAAUGUAUCAACAGCAACAGGAACAGAAACCUCAGCAACAAAUACCACAGCAGCCAAAUUUGUACCAUCAACAACUGCAGCCUCAAUUGUAUACGCAGCAACAGCCUCAACUGUACCAACAACAAACACAAACACCUCAGAUGUAUCAACAGUUACAACAACAACAACAGCCUCAUCAAUUAACGACUUCAGUAGGAAGUACUACUGGCAAAUUUUACUAUCCAUCUACACUACAGCAACAGACAUCCCAACUGUAUCAAACACAACAUCAGCAACAACUUCAACUGCAACCAACAUCGAUUUUGACAACCUCUGCAGUAACUGGCAGUCUGCAGCAACAACCAUCAUUGUCAAACAACACUACUAGUGUUGGCAGUAGUUAUUAUCAACAACUCCAACAACAUUAUUCACCAACAACAGUGAUGUCAACAACUACGUUUAAUACUGUGCCAAAUACCCCAAACAAUUACAUUUAUCAGCACCCGCCAAUGGCGACAAUGCAGGGCUUCAACCAACAUCAACAACAGUCUCAGUACUAUCAACAGCAGCUUCCUAUUGUUGGUGAUAGCAGUGGUGGUGGUAACAGCUUGGGUACUAUGACAUCAACUGCCAUUCCAAUUUUAAAUUUGUUAGAUGAUGAUCUGCUAAUAUCGGGCCCACCACCAAUUCAACCAGAAAAAAUCUGUACCAGUAGUUGCAAUGAUACCAUUACUACAUCGACCAGCAGCAAUAAAAAAUGAUUUUGCUGUUUGAGUAACUUUUAGUGGUAUUUAUAAUUUUUAAAUUUUAAAUUUAUUAAUUGUGCUACAUUUAUCUUUUUUUAUACGUGGGCGAAUGCAUUUGUUUUAUCAGUAUCAAUAAUGAAUAAAGAUGCCUAAACAAGUCAUGGCCGCACAUUGUGAUUUUUAUUUUCUUAAAUUUCUAUCUUAUUCCAUUAUGAUUAUCUUAAAUAUUUUAUUACAAAAUUAUUAUUUCAUGUAUUAACGCAUAUAUAUUAUAAUAUAUUUCUUUAUUUUUUUGUUGUGUCGGUAACUGGAUUGGUUGCAAUUGUUAUUAUUUUAUUAUGUUAUAGUAGUUAUUAUUAUUAAUUAUAAAAUAAUUUUAUCUUUUACAUAUUAUAUGCUCAUUGUUUUUUUUUUUUUUUUUUUGCGCAUAAUUAAUCAUUAUUUAAAUAUUUAAAUACAUAAUUAUUAUAUAUUGUAUUAUUUAUGCAAAUUAAUAAUAAAUUACAAUAUAACCAAAUAUACUACCCAAUUAA